AUGUACCAUUACGACCCAGAAGGCGGUGUCCAGGAGAAGAAGGGCUUCAGUUUGGAGAAGGGACAGGAGCUGUAUGGCCUGACUCACAUCGAUUCUCUUGUGGCCAAAGACACAGACACCCGGGUAGUGAUUUCUUGGAACAACGCGGGGACCAUAUUGGUCUGCUUUCGAGGCACUUCGAGCAAGGCCAACGUGGUGGCGGACCUUAAGUUCUGGCGAACGCCGCACCCUCCAGGGCGUGGACUGACAAUGUUGAGCAUGAUCCCCAUGGUCCACAAAGGCUUCUUGGAUUCAUGGACUGCAAAGGGCUUCAACCAUAAGCUGCUAGAAAAGAUCAGGUCGAUAAUGGGCAGCCCAGAGUUUGACUACCCCAAGCUGAGGAUCCUUGUGAGCGGGCAUUCGCUGGGUGGGGCCAUCGCCGUCUUGGCAGCGCAUGACAUCCGCAGAUACUGUGCUGUGAAGCCGCACCAGCUGUCCUGCUACACGUUCGGCUGCCCCCGUGUGGGCAACCACAUGUUUGCAGAUGAGCACAACAGGGUUGUGCCAGACACCUGGCACGUGAUAAACAACCUGGACCCUGUCCCAAGAAUGCCUAAAUUCUGGGUGCUAUUCAAGCGGUCAGGCAGGCGGGUGGUCAUCAAUGCCCAUGGGGACAUGAUUGUCCAGCCCAUAUUUUUGGAGUUCAAACUGGUGUCAGCAUUCAUGGGCAAGACUAAGGUGGUGCACCACUGGCUGUCCAGCUACCGCAGGUCGCUAUCGUCUGUGGUUCUGGCACAGUUCCACACAUACAAAGCCCUGCCAGGUGGUAGUGAGGCGAUGAAGGAGUUGCUGCAGAAGGGCAACAUCACACAGGUGUUGGGAGUGAACACCGGCUCAGCCAACAAGCUGCUGACCCUGGCAUCCAAGAUUUGGAUGCAGCGCUCGCACAACAUGGACCUAGACAAUGUUGGGCCGGACGGGAAGCCGAUCAGGGUGUCCCAGAGGAGCAUCUCUGGUUGGCUGCCCUCCUCCCUUCUGCGGAUCGGGCGCCGUGGCAGUUCCUCGUCUUCCAUCGACCUGAGCACAGAGCUGCGGAGGCCAGGCACGUCACGGAAGCUGACGCUCAGGGAGGAAGGGGUCAGCCGAAGUGGGCUUACGAACUUUGCUGAGGAGCUUGAGGAAUGGGAGGUGCAAGAAAUGGAUGCAGAAAUGGAAGAUGGGGAACCUAAUCAGCCCGAUCGUGAGGAAGCUCCAUGA